ACAUCUUGGCAAAAUUCUGCGUAGUUUAGAAACACUGCAGAGGCGAGAAUUUUUCGUUUACGCAUAAAAUCUAUCACUGCCUCCGUUAACUUUUAUGCACUACCACACUCCUCUCAGAUACGGUGUCUCAUUUCUUACGGAUCGUUUUCGCAUGCAAUUGUAACUUUUUUCAUUUUGGAUAAUUCCACUCGAGAUAAUCAAACUCUGCUUUUAAAGGAUGCUUGAGAAUAUUUCGUUCCGGGAAGUACAUCGUCAUAAAACUCUGAAUUCAGGUUUUCUACGACUCCUUCCGGGAUCGAAUCAGCAAAAAAAUGACGGUGGUAGAAGCCCAAAAGUGGUGAAAAAAGCAAAAAAUUAAAUUUAAAAAAUAGUAAAAACCGAAUUUCCUAUUCUUGAAAAAAAAAUGAUAUUCCAUACGAUUCGUAAGAAUGUUCGCGGACUCUGAUGCUGAAGAAAAAAUGUUGUCAUCGUUCCUCAGAAAAUUCAUGAUUCUGGACCUUCCAUUAUACGUCUGCUCCCAGUUCCUAUUGUCGUAACGGUAAUUUUUCCCUUGAAUUCUUUCCGUCUACGACUCAUGACAACAUUGACUCGAAAUUGGCUAUCAAACCUGUUUCUUCGACACGUGCAUCAUGUUUAUAUAUCAGUCUAUAAAUAUACCCAGAAAAGCGUCUCGAACACUUUUUUUUCCUAUACAUGUGCAUAGAGUAAUAGAGCAAUGAGAAAAGAUUUUGUGCACCUGAAUAUGAAGAUGUGGCGAAUGAGAUGCGUCAAAACGAUGUUGAGGUACAGUAUACGUAGCUUCGUACGUGCCCACGUAGUAGAGAGUAGCGCGUUCUACGAUGACGGUACGUGUGGGAUCCUUGGGAGGCUUACUGCGACUCGGCGUAGAACUUCAUGCCGGCUCGUACAAGCCAUGCAGUGAGUAAUCCAUAUUAAAAAAGUAGAGCGAAAAUGUCUCCGGACGAGGAGAGAAUCCCCACAACGAUGCCCAUCCAAGAAGUAGAGGUUGGAGUACCGAGUUCUCCAAAAAUCGUGGAGCCAGAAAUUUGUGAAAUGAAGCAACGAAAGGGGGGGCAUGCGAACGAGGAGGAGAGUCUCGAAGUUGGUGUGGAUAAGCCAGUGGAAUAUGUACCAGCACUCAAAUGGCCUGAUCUUCUGGCCCAAAUCUUCAUACACGUAGGAUUCGUCUAUGGCUUCGGUCUCAUAUUCACCAAGGCCAAAUUGCUCACAUCUCUUUGGGCACUGUUCUUAAUCAUCAUGAGUGGAUUUGGCAUAACUGCUGGUGCUCAUAGAUUGUGGUCUCACCGAGCCUACAAAGCGGAAUGGCCUCUGCGACUCAUCCUCGUAUUUCUGUUCACUAUAGCAGGCCAGAGACACGUAUACGCUUGGGCACUCGACCACAGAGUUCAUCACAAGUACAGCGAGACGGAUGCCGAUCCUCAUAAUGCCAAAAGAGGCUUUUUCUUUGCUCACGUUGGCUGGCUAUUCACAACACCCCAUCCGGACGUCGUUGCCAAAAGGAAAGCCGUGGAUAUGAGUGACCUCGAAGCUGAUCCGAUCGUUAUGUGGCAGAAAAGGCUCUACGUACCACUUUUUGCACUCCUGGCAAUCGGCUUACCAGUGUGGGUACCGUGGUACUUUUGGGACGAGUCCCUCUGGACAUCCUUCUGGGUGAACUUCAACUUCCGUUUCGGCUUCACCCUGAACAGUGCCUUCCUGGUCAAUAGCGUGGCGCAUAUGUGGGGCCAGAAACCGUAUGACAAGUACAUAUCACCGGCCGAGAAUGUGAUGGUUUCGGUGGUAGCCAUGGGCGAAGGUUGGCACAAUUAUCAUCACGUUUUUCCAUGGGACUACAAGACCGGUGAGCUCGGUGAUUAUUCGUUGAACGUAACGACAGGCUUCAUAGACGCAUUUGCGAAGAUCGGUUGGGCCUACGACCGUAAACACGUGUCACGUGACAUGAUCAGACGUCGUGCGAAUCGUUCGGGGGAUGGUACUCACGUUUGGGGUUACGGAGACGUCGAUGUGUCGAAGGAAGAUCGUGAAGAGCUCGAGAGAAUGAGCGACGACAAGAGCAUCUAAUCGUAUUUUAAUUACGAUCGAUUAUGUACAGCCGUUUCAUAGGGUUAGGCGCGAAAAAUUAAAAUUUUUUUAUUAAUUGCAACUUGAACGUACUUAAGGCGAUUUGUUUGAAGUUUAUUAUAAUUUCAUAUUAAAUUUCUCAUCUCGACAAUUCGCUUGAGUAACGAAGCCACUCGCUGUAACAUUUAUCAUUGCUUAACAAUAGAAUAAAUUUGCAUGAAUAGCCGCGAAACAAAGUCAUAUUAAUAUAUUUCCACGCGUAACAAAGCUUACGCUUAGAAUCCACGUUCACGCGUGCAGGCACGCGGGAACGUCGACUUUUUUGCACGUCUGUGCCGAAGACUAUCUCUCGGUAUCCGUCCUAUCUAGAGAUUGUGAGGAUCUCACCUACAAAAGAACGGGUCCAUGCAAUGCACCCAGGUCGAAAUGUUUAUGAUGGAAACCAAAUAAUUUGUCAAUCCGUAUAUAUUUUUUUUUAAUGUUGAAGGAGAAUGCUCGAAAUGCAAUGAAACGAUGGCAUUCUCGUUGGUCAGUAUCUUCCGAUUCGAAUGCUUUUUUGUAAAUAGGGACGAAUGUGCCAGUGCCUAGAUGCGAAUCUAAUGAAAUAUCGAAAAAUCAUUAACGUCGAAAUGCGUGAAACUGCAACAUUUUUAGUUACAUUUGAGCGACGACAGACUCGUACAAUUCAUAAAAUUCUUUUUCUUCCGGACAAUUAUUAUCGUCGUCACCAUUCGCUGCAAGCCUCCAGGGUUGCUCUCCAAAUUCAUUAAAUUGUAAUGUUCCUGCGACAGAGAACAAAAUACUCGGAUCAAUUGAAAAAUCUCGAAUGAUCAUUCAUCGUUGAGUGUACAAUAAAAAAAGCAUUUUAAUCAAUCUCAAUCACAGAAUCCUGUCGACGAUCACACGAAAAUUCGUAAAUUCAUGAGUCUCCAACGUUGCAGAUUCGAUUACGAAGCCAAUUCCCUUUAAGCUCUUGGGCCCAAACGUGUAUCUUGAAAAUAGCUAUACAACAUAAACUGUAUUUACCUAAAAAUUUAUAUUUCUAUUGUUGCAAUAAAGACGAAUUUUGCGAUCGAUGUUAACAUUUA